AAUUUACACGCCGUAAUCUCUCUGUUUUCGUCGUUGUUCAGAAAUCAGAAGCAAUGGGGGUGGUUCGGGGAGACCCUGGACUCCAUCAAGUCCAUUCAGAUCAGACAAGCUCCCUCCCAAGCGCUCACUAUCGGCUUGAUUGUGACGUCGGCAUUGAUUAUUUGGAAGGGGUUGAUAUGUAUGAGUGGGAGUGAAUCGCCUGUGGUGGUUGUACUAUCUGAAAGCAUGGAGCCUGGCUUUGCAAGGGGUGAUAUUUUGUUCUUGCGUGUGAGCAAGUAUCCCAUUCGGGCAGGAGAAAUCGUGGUGCUUAAUGUGGAUGGACGUGAUAUUCCAAUUGUUCAUCGAGUAAUUAAGGUUCAUGAGCAGAAAGAUACCGGAGAAGUCUAUGUCCUCACAAAAGGAGACAAUAACGAUGACGAUGACAGAGGCCUGUAUGCUCAGGGCCAGCAGUGGUUGCACAGACGCCAUAUCAUGGGGUUUUUGCCUGAUGUUGGCUGGGUGACAAUUAUCAUGACAGAAAAGCCUAUAAUCAAGUACAUUCUCAUAGGGGCGCUGGGAUUGCUGGUCAUAACCUCCAAGGAUUAGGGAUAGCCAGAUACUAGAGAGAGAGAGAGAGAGAGGUAUCGUAGUAAGGCAUCGCACCAAUAAUAAAACAAUGUUGCAAUCAAUGGCUCGAUGAACACCUUCUUCAUUUUUUGAAAUUAAACGAAAGGGAAUGCUGAGUCAAAUUCUUGUCACGAGUGAGGGACGUUUGGGACCGCUUUGGUAAGAAGCACUUCCGCUCAUAAGCACUUUUCGGUUUUGCAUAAGUAAAUCCCAAACCGGCUCCAUUUCUACAACUGGGAAACCAAAAGUCCCCAUUACUUGUUUUAUUUCUUAAACUAGUAAUGUAGUACAAUAAAAAUUGCAAGGAUUUCUACGAAGCGUACGUAUUUUUGUUGAGAAGAAACGAAGCGUAUGUACUGAACAUGAUAUGUAACACCGUGGUUACGCAUGCGUAACAAGCACUAGUUAAAUCACCGACAAUUUUACACAAACUCAUGGUGCAUCAUAUAUAGGACUAACGAAUAUAAAACGUGCGCAGGCCGCAGAUACUGUCAAUUUCCAUUGCGUAGAACUCCAAAAUUUGCAGCUAUGGUCCGCAACAAGAA